CACAUCAGUUAAAGCACAAACCUGCAGCGCCCUCAUGGUUUUCAUCCCAACUUGCUGUAGAUGAGUCGUGCUGCUUUUUGAGUCAGACAUGGGGCUCAAGCUUGUUUUGAAGGUUUCCUGCAUUUGUUUCCUGCUUUUCAGCAGUGGAUCUUGUUUCCCUCAAACAAUGAAAGGGCAAACUAGUCCAGCUGUAACUGCCAGUGCUAGAAGUGCUGGCACUAACCCUGGACAUGAUGGCUCUACUGGAGAAGAGGCUGGUUCUGGCCCUGGACCUAAUGGUUCUACUGGAGGAGAACUCGAUUCUGGCCCUGAACACAAUGGUUCUGCUGGAGGGGAAGUUAGCUCUGCAGGAGGCUGGUCCUUUGACUCUGGCAGCUCCAAUGGAGGUGGAGUUGAUCCUGGAUCUGCUGGCUCCACUGCUGGAGGGGUUGGCCCUGGCAACUCUGCAGGAAGUUGGUCUUUUAUUCCUGGGAGCUCCACUGGGGUAGCAGUUGGCCCAGGAGGCUGGUCCUUCGGCCUUGGGAGCUCGAGUGGAGGAUGGGUUGGCCCUAGAAGCUCUCCAGGAGGCUGGUCCUUUGCUCCUGUUGGCCCCAUUGGAGAGGUUCGCCCAACGUGGUCUAAUGGUUAUUCAUUCCUUGGUGGUGUUCCUUAUCAAAAUUAUCCUGUAUUAAGUUCUUCUUUCCUUAACCACCCAUGGAACUGGAUGCCACCACGUCCCUUCCCUGACUUCAAUGCCUGGUCUACUUAUGAGGUGCCACUAGGUAUGGUUGCGCUGCUCCCUCAGGUACCUUCAUUGCCUUCGUCCCAUCUUGUCCAGACUGGAACUGGCUACCAGCGAGGAAGAGAAGUACUUUCUCACGCCAAAUAUUCUAAUAAUAUCUUGGGCCACCAUCCUCUGAGUCCUGUACUGCCACAGUACCCAAGACGUGCGAGUGGAUUUCAAGGGAUAAAAGUCUAAUGAGGUGAAACUAAAGAGCAUGUAUCUGCUUUCAAGAAGCCUUUUGGAUAUGGAAUAAAGACUUUAAUAAAGCUGAGUGUUCUGUGCAUUUGAUUGUAA